AUCACUGCAUGUUAGCUACAUUCAUCACACUGCGUCUGUACAUAAUCAUCUGAAUCAAACCUGAAAAACAGAGCCUCUUUUCAACUUCGUCUAUCGUAUUGUUGCAGUAUUCCACCAGAUUUCCCAGUGAUCCGAACCAAGACCGCCAUGCAAGUAGCUGAGAUCCUCUCCGAUCUGACAUCCCUACGCGUCUGUGACCACCAUGACGCCCUCGCUCUCGUUACCGUCAAUGAGCGUAUACCCCAAACCACAGACCAACUAAACCUCAAAGCAACAAACACAGACCUAUCAGACUCUGGAUUAGAUUCAGGAAGCUACGAAAACGAGGAUCUUUGUCGCGCAAAAGAACUCGUCGACUUGCACUACGAGUUCAAGGCCCGUCAUGCGCUAGGCACGGUUGAUGAGGAACUCUCGCGUGCAAGGGAGGAAGUAGCCCGAGUGCUGAGGGAACUUAGCUAGGUAUGGAGAAGUACUACCUUGGUUCUAGGUUGUUUGUGAAUUCUUUUUUUUCUCUUAUGUAUAUCGAUGGUUAAUUCGCGCUGGCGUCAUCAGCGAUGUUUUGUAUGGUAUUGUUGCAAAGAACUAAUAUGCAUGAUUGACG